AUGGAUGCUGAACUGCUAUCUCAUAAACGGAACGAUACCUGGACAUUAGUUCCACGAGGAACGGCCAUCCGUACCAUUGGGUGCAGAUGGGUGUUCGCCAAGAAGCGUGACCAGAACGGUCGCGUGGUGCGCUUCAAAUUGCGGUUGGUGGCGAAGGGUUUCAAGCAGAAGUACGGAGUGGAUUUUUUUGAAACGUACUCUCCUGUGGCGAACAUGAACUCGAUUCGAGUUGUGCUCUCAGUCUGCGCUGCUUUCGCGUACCAGAUGGAACAGUUGGACGCUGAUACAGCGUUUCUUAACAGUGAGUUGGAGGACCGUGUCUACAUGGAGGUACCUAUAGGAGUUGAGAACACCCAGGACUAUGUGUGCCAGCUGAACAAGGCCAUUUAUGGAUUGAAGCAAGCUGCAAGUGCCUGGAACAAGACCAUUCAUCGUGUAUUUCUUGGGUACGGAUUCAAGAGCUGUGGUGCGGACCAGUGCGUCUAUGCCAAGCGUUCCAAGAGCAAUUUCAUUUACGUCUGCCUUUACGUCGAUGAUAUGAUCAUUGCGGCAAAGACUAGUGAUGAAAUUAGUGACGUGAAGGACGCACUCAAAAAUGCCUUCAAGAUGAAGGAGCUUGGACCGGCGAAGUUUAUUCUGGGAAUGGAGAUCGACCAUGACAUGACUGCUGGAACGCUUAUGAUCAAGCAAACGCGAUACAUCGAUGAUGUGGCAAACCGGUUUGGGCAAGAAAACGCUAGGACGGUGGACAACCCGUGUGCAACCGGUCUAAAGUUGCCAAAGUCGCAAUCGCCAGCAUCGGAUGCAGAAUGA